AUGAGAGGGGCGGAGGAGCCGCUGGCCGCUGCCCGGGAGCCCGGCGGGGCGCCGGAGGAUGAGCCGGCCGGCCGGGAGGACGAGGAGGCGGCGGCGGCGGCGAGCAGCGGCAGCGGCGGCAGUUGCUGUUGCAGCAGCGAGCGGCUGGUGAUCAACAUCUCCGGGCUGCGCUUCGAGACGCAGCUGCGCACCUUGGCCGUCUUUCCGGACACGCUGCUGGGCGACCCGAGCCGCCGCGUGCGCUACUUCGACCCCCUGCGCAACGAGUACUUCUUCGACCGCAACCGGCCCAGCUUCGACGCCAUCCUCUACUACUACCAGUCCGGCGGGCGGCUCCGCAGGCCCGUCCACGUGCCCUUGGACAUCUUCCUGGAGGAGAUCCGCUUCUACCAGCUGGGCCAGGAGGCCAUCGAGACCUUCCGCGAGGACGAGGGCUUCAUCCAGGAGGAGGAGAAGCCCCUGCCCCAGCCCCACUUCCAGCGUCAGGUGUGGCUCCUCUUCGAGUACCCCGAGAGCUCCGGGCCGGCCAGGGGCAUCGCCAUCGUCUCCGUCCUGGUCAUCCUCAUCUCCAUCGUCAUCUUCUGCCUGGAGACCUUGCCCGAGUUCCGCCAGGAGAGCAAGGGGGCCUCCGGGAGCCUGCGAGACGGCAGCCAGGUGAGCUUCCGGCAGGACUUCCAGGAUGAGGACCCUCUCUUCUUGCUCCCCCUGCAGCCGGAGGGGGGGACCCCGGCGCCUGUCCACCCCCAAGCGGGCACCAGCCCCUUCUUCACAGAUCCCUUCUUCCUCAUCGAGACCCUCUGCAUCAUCUGGUUCUCCUUUGAGCUGCUGGUGCGCUUCUUCGCCUGCCCCAGCAAGCCCGAGUUCUCCAGGAACAUCAUGAACAUCAUUGACAUUGUGGCCAUCAUCCCCUACUUCAUCACCUUGGGCACCGAGCUGGCUCAGGAGCAGCAGAAGAAAGAGCAGCCCGGCAGCGCCAGCAACGGGGGUCAGCAGCAGGCCAUGUCCUUGGCCAUCCUCCGGGUCAUCCGCCUGGUCAGGGUCUUCCGGAUCUUCAAGCUCUCCAGGCACUCCAAGGGGCUGCAGAUCCUGGGGAAGACCCUCCAAGCCAGCAUGAGGGAACUGGGGCUCCUCAUCUUCUUCCUUUUCAUCGGGGUCAUUCUCUUCUCCAGCGCCGUCUAUUUUGCUGAGACCGAUGACCCAGAUUCCUUAUUCACGAGCAUACCCGAUGCUUUUUGGUGGGCGGUCGUGUCCAUGACCACGGUGGGCUACGGAGACAUGUAUCCCAUGACUAUUGGGGGCAAGAUUGUCGGGUCGUUGUGUGCCAUUGCGGGUGUGCUCACCAUUGCCUUGCCGGUGCCGGUCAUCGUGUCCAACUUCAACUACUUCUACCACCGGGAAACGGAUCAGGAGGAGCAGGCCCAGUACACCCACGUCACCUGUGGCCAGCCGCAGUCGCCUUUCUCUGAGCCUAGGAAAGGGGAGAGCAGCCAGUCGCUCAGUAAGUCUGACUUUCUGGAGGCAGAAGACUUAGAAUCGAUGAAAUACUCCAACUUUAUCCCAGCUGGCAACCAGGCUUAUAAGGAGAACAAAUUGUUAACAGAAGUCUGAUGGCUUGGUGGGCUGUCAAGGUCACAGGGAGACCAGCGCUCCUUCUGGCGAGAGACCAGCUGUCUCCACGCUCCUUGGACUGCUGUGGAUCCACUCUGU